CGAUUGGAGGGUUGGAUUGGACUGGACUGCGCUGGCAUAAAAAAAUGAAAGGGUCUAAAAAGGGACAAAAGCAAUGUGUUAAAAAAUAUACGUUAGAUGCAUCAGGCCCAGUAGGAGAUCGAAUUUUUGAUGUCUCUGCAUUUGAAACGUUUUUACAUGAAAGAAUUAAAGUAGAAGGACGUACAGGCCAGUUAAGUGAUUCCGUAUUAAUCACACGUGAAGAAGGAAAAAUUACAAUAGUUACACAUGUUUCAUUUUCUGGACGAUAUUUAAAAUAUCUAACAAAAAAGUUUUUAAAAAAGCAUCAGCUUCGUGAUUGGUUAAGAGUUGUUUCAACGACAAAAGGGACUUAUGAGCUUCGGUUUUAUAAUGUUGUGGUGGAUUCAGGGAAUGAGGAGGGUUAGUCAGUGGUAGGGUUGGGGUUGUUAGUAGUAGGGUUAGGUAGGCGUU